UUCUAGUUCGUAAUAAACAUUUAAACAGUUAUCCAUUGUAUUUGAUGUUGUAGGGUAUUACAAAAAAGAAAUAUAAUAAGGAAAAGUAGGUGAUAUCUUAGCGGUUAGCUACAGGUUAGCAAUGAAUCUUGUUUCUCCCACAAUGCAUUGCAUGACGUCACAUGAGGUACUCGCUUUUGGACGACAAACGAAAGCCCGCCUUAAUACCAUUGAGAGAGUGAGACGAGUAGUGAGAGUAGUAGCUAGUGAAAGAGAUCGAUAGAUUGAUAGAUAAAUAGAUAGAUAUCAUAGCAUAAAUAUAUAGUCAGAGAUAGCAUAGCAUAACAGAUAGCUUAGAGAAAGAGUAGAGAAUAAAUAGACAACAUGGUUUAUUACUGUGUUUGUGGCGGGUGCAAGAACUCCAGCAAAACUGGACAUAGGGUCCAUUGUUUCCCCAAGGACAAAGGGAUCUUCCGAAACUGGGUGCAAUUUGUCAAGAUUAGGCGGGCAGAUUUUUCAGCUAGCUCUGUCACCGCCUACUCGAGAAUAUGCAGCGCGCAUUUCAAGGAGGAGAAUUACCACUCAGGGGAUGCCAAGAUGGUCGCACUUUCUUUAAAAAGUAUGAGGAUGGCUAAGUUAAUUCCUACCGCCGUGCCGUCUGUGAAUGCAAACCUCUCUGCUUGUCCUGUCCCGAGGUCGAGAGACACCGUCUGCCGCAAGCGAUAUAUUGCCACGAUGAUGACAGAUACCUCACAGCAGGAGACCGUGGACAGUGUAGACACUGUGGAGAGUGUCGAUACUGGCGAUCAGCCCUUGCCCUCCUCCACUUCUGACGCUGUGACACAGUGUUAUUUGAAGCCCCCCCGAUGGUCUCGCGCUGUGCAGGUUAACCUGAAGCCCAAGAUGGUCAGCGUGGGUACACAGACGUCUUUCAGCCCACAAACCUCCACUCCCCUCGCUAGUCCUGAACAGACAGAUGAUGAAGAUGAUGAUAAUGCCUCUGUCGUUAGUGACUUAUCGUGGGUGCCCGAAGAGCCGAUGCAUGAGGAGGACUUGUUUGAUGAGGAGCCACCUUACGCUUGUGACCCCACCACAAGUGAGAUAAUUUAAAACCAACAUAGACCAUUUUGAAUGCUCAUUUUAUUUCCAUCUUUGUAAGUGGCAAUAAUUGUCGCUGUACCCCAUUCAAGGGGUCCUGCAUGCCGCAUGUCUGCUCCUCUGCCUGUUAUUUGCAUGUUAUUUGCAUGAAAUUUGUUGUAUGUAAUUCAAAAUAAUUUACCAAUCAUUUUACCUGUGCCUUGUCAACCUCUGUGUGCAGUGUUGUCUGGGCUCAC